AUGACUGAACCACACAAUCCAAACAAGAGGAAGUGGGAACGUCCCACAUCGUCCAACGUGGACUCCUCACUCCUUGAGAAGCUCGCAGAAAUUGUGAAUUCGAAGGAUGAGGCGCCCCUCAUUAAGUUCAUCGAAUCAUCGUCUCUUUCUAGAAUCUUGUCCAAUUGGUCCUACUUUGCCCUGGUCAACGAUCAAAGCCAAUUCAUCGACAUAUCCCUGAAGUUGUCGCAAGUCACACACCGCAUCAAUUCAGUUACGAACCCAGAUACUACCUCGGACCCAAAUAGUGUCACCAGCCAAUUGGCUAUUCUCAACCUUAAGCCUCAGAUCAUCGAAUUCUACAAGUCGAUCCUAAAUGACCACAUCAAAGUGGUCUACAGAGCCUUGAACAACUACAAACCUUCUUUGACCAAUCCUACCUUGAGAAUCCUUACCAAUAUGAUCGAAUACGAUGCAUCGAUAGCCAUCGAAUUUUUAAACACUUUCGAUUUAACCUUGACGAUCUUGCCCAAGCUCUUACUUCCUGGCAAGAACGACAACGCAAAGAAAGGAUAUCUUCCCAUUAGAGCUACCUUUAUCAGGUUUUGGAUUGCUCUUUUGUCUAAAGCCCCUAGCCAUCACAGACAAGAUUUAUUGGUGACAAAUGUCAAGAUCAUGAACAAUUGGUGGAAGUUCAUGUUUGAGGCCGAUUCUAUCGAAACUCUUGAAUUAGUGAUCGAAUUCAUCGAUACUAAGAUAUUGAAAGAACCAAACUUCAGAAGAUCAAUCAAGUGUAAAAUAUUGAACGAAAACUUUAUGCAUAAAAUCCAAUUAAUAUUCAACAGAAAUGAUAAUGAAACUUUUUCUGCUAAAUUCACUGAGUUUAUGGAAGUUUUAGCUACCGAUUCAAAGAUCGGGUUGGUAUAUCCUGUGGAGAAAUUAUGGCAAUCUCAGAUCAGUACCGGGGUGGAUAUUCAGUUAAACAACAAGACAUUCAAAAUUCAUAAUAAGUUGAUCUACACUCUUUUGACUACCCUCAAGCCGUGGGAAAACAACGGGCAGCUCCAAUUUGUUGUCAAAAUCUUGAAACUGACGCCUGAAUUGGUUCCCGCUUAUAUGAACUGGAUGAUCCAGCAUGGAGGUGGUUAUCAUGAUCCUACUCUUACAUCGUGGUGGGUGGGCCAUACUUUAUUGUACACGCACAUCAUCCAACUACCAAUCCCUCAGCAAAUUUUGAAGCAAGUGACAAACGAUUCGUCAUUCAUCAGUCAAGAACAUUCUUAUGACUCUAAAACUGUAUCAGAUAACAUCUGCCUUGCUCCUUUAUCUAAGCAGGCACUCACAAAAUGUUUGGAAACCAAUAAGCUCUUAAUUACCCAAUUCACCUUACAAUUGAUUGUUUUUAUUUUACAGAAACUUGACGAGGUUUUGAAGUCGGGAAUUAUCACCAAUAGACAGGAAUUGAUUGAUUUAACCUUCUACAAUUUACCAGACUUAUCCAACAUUAUUCAGGUUUACUCAAAGAAUCCAGAUAGCAAGUUGAUCAAAUUGACCCUGUUGAUGAUCAUCAACCUUUACGAGAAGAUGUAUCCCAAGGCUGCAUCUUCAGCCCUUGUUACCAAAGUGUCUAGCAAUGGUAUUAAUGAGGUUAUCAAGGCUGACUUGAUUAAUUGCACUGGUUACGAUUUGACUUUAUUGAACCAUUAUCUUUCCAUCCAGUCAAACCAAGACCAAGAACAAGACUUGAAAUGGUGGAAUAAACCAAAUGACGGAAACUCAUUCUUCACUUGUCUAAUCAGAUUAGCAUCUUCGGCUGCACCAGCUACUUCUAGAACAUCCUUGGACGAAUCUCUAGUUUGGAGACUUUCCAAUUUGCUUUCCACAUUGACGGAUAACAAGCUUUUAUUCAACAAAGAUUUGAUUGCAUCUCCUAUCUUGGCACUUAUCUAUGCAUCAAGUGAUUACACCACCAAUAUCACUAUCUGGAAUUUCCUUGAUGAAGUCAUCUCCAGAACAAUCAGAACCCCUUAUAAAUAUCUUGAUUUGGCUCAUGAAAAGUAUAAUGAUGUCAGUUUGUUUGUUGUUGCUAUCUACGAACAAUUCAAGUUCGUUCUCAAAAACAACACUGAUGACACUGUCCUUGAAUGGUUAUUUAAAUUAUCGAGAUAUCUUAUCGUUAUCGGCGAAUCAAAGGAUGCUUUGAUUUCAAUUAUGAAAGACUACUUGGUCAAUGAGAGUGGUUUCAAGGAAAACUUCCAAAGCUUGGAAUUAGACGACACAGUUGAACAAUCUGGCAACUCAUUUGUGAACUACAUUACAAAUAUUUCAAAUAAGGAAUUGGUAAAGAAGUCCAGUCAAUUGUCGAAGAGAACUAUUCUUUCUAAGUUUGAUUUGGCUGGAUUGAUCACAAGGUUGAAGUUGAUUGUGAAUGAUAGUUCUAUAAAUAAGGUUGACGAUUUGUUGGUUGAGCUUGUAUCCAAGUUGGGAAACUUCUUAUUGGCUAGUGUGUCAUCGGAUGCCCAAUUAUACAAUUAUAUGGUGUCAAAACAUUUUUGGACUGGGUUGACUUUAGAAAAGCAAGACUCGGCCACUGUGAGUGGAAAGAAGCUCUUCGUUGGUGGUCUCUUGAAUGAAGUGUUUCAACAAUUACCAGGUGUUCCGCAAGCCGAAAGCUAUUUGAAUACUAAAAUCUAUCAAAUCAUUUCAGGUAGGGAGUCUUACUCCACAGAACAACAGCUUUACUUUGCUCAAUUUGCAUGGAUUUUAUCUGAUUCUCAAAUCAGAGAAUUAUCUUCGCAAUUCGGGCCCAAUCAAUUAUUGACCCUCAAAGUAUGCGAAUAUUGCCUUGAGAGAGACAUUAAAGUGGGAUCUAAAUACUUCCGGUCCAUUCUUUCUUGUGAGUUUGACAAGACCUUUAUUGUGGACAAACAGCAAAUCUUAUCAAGAUUGGUAGAAUCAAACUUGGUCGAGUUGGAUGAGAACAUCGUUGAGGAAAUUGAAAACAUCUUGUCAAGCCCAUCCAAUCAUUACCUUCUUAAGAGUUUGAUCAAUAGUUCAAUCAGUUCUAAAAACGAAGUUAUCAAUUACUUGAUUGGAAAGUCAGAAACCAUUAAUGAUGAAAACUUGCUUUGCUACAUUGGUUACUCAAUUUGUUCUGUACUUGAAACGAUACAAAAUUCCAACUUGGAAAUGUUCUUCAUCAGGAUUACCAAGAUUGCAACCAACCUAUUGGAAUCUGAAAACAUUGAACAGUGGGCUCAAUUGUUGACAAUUUUGGCUAAUGGAUUGAAGUACAUUGGUCAAGAAGAGUCUGAAAUAAUAAUCGGUCAAGUGUUUGUUUACGUUGAGAAGGUCGGGUUAAAGAAUAGUAUGUUGAGUGAAUUUGCUUCAUUCAUCCUUGGAUUCAUUCAACAUUCCAAGAAUAUCAAUUCAGAAAUCACAUCCUGGAUUCACAAGUCUAUGUUGUACAUCACAAAGAAAUUCGCUGAAUCCCCUGAAUUAUCCUCAAAUUUUGACUCAUUUUUGAAAGCCAUUGCAUUGAUCGUGCAACAAAUUACUUCUAUGAACAACUCGGUAUGGAAGUUGAUUCCCGUCAGUAUCAUUAACACUCAACUAGAAGUCAUAUUGAAUCACCCCAAAUGGGUAAACUAUGAAAAGUAUCUUGAGUACGUUAAUCUUGUAAUCAUGACUGGACAAAGAAGUACUAUUCAAUAUGAGAAAUUAUUGCAAAUUUUCAUCAAUAAUCCUGCCAACGAGUUGAAUUCUUUGCCAAAUAUUACGAAAGCUAGAUUCUAUUCUGCAUUGAUUAUUCACAAUCUCUUCCAUUAUGAUGUUUCGAAAAAUUCCAGUGUUGGUUUAUUGGAAAAAAUCGCUUUGUUCUACCUUGGCUCAAUCAGAUGUGAAGAUUUAUUGCUUAAGACUAUAUUUGUUGAAAUCGAAUCAAAGAUUGCUACUUCUUGGGUGUACAAGGUGACUUCGUGGGAAUUCUCUGAAGAGUUAACUAAUAACGAAAUUGAAUUGACAGGAGAAGGAGAAAAGAGAUUGGUUGAAAAGGACAAGUCUAGCUUGACCAUCUGUUUGAGCAAACGGUUCAUUAAUAACACUAUCAAAAACGGUGCUCGAAUCACAGCUCCUGUCCAUAUCAAGGGCGAAUCUGUCGAGAACUCAUUAAGCAAAUUAAAUGAAUGGUACUCUACAAAUGAGAUCAUGAUUGAUCAAUCGUACCAAAAUACUAUUUAUGACACCGAGACUCUUUUGAUGUUGUUGAUCCAUAAUGAUGAGUUUGUAAAGAUCGAGAAGGAUGAAGAAGGUGACAAGAUUUCAUUUGAUUUGAAGAGUUUAAUUGAAUCAAACAUGUUGCAGGUGAUUAUUGUCGGACUCUCUAGUCCAUCCGAGACAGUCAAAUCUAUUUCAUCUGUUUUACUCCAGCGUAUUCUCAAAAACUUGGAGGUUCUCGAGAGCUUCAAGGAUAAGAAUAUUUUCAAGGUCUACAUCUCUAAUAUCUUGAACACGGUCAGAAAUAAAGAGCAAUUACCAAACAUAAUCUGGUACGUCUACUCGUCCUUGGUCCCUAUUCUUUCCAACCCUGGUCACUAUUUGUACGAGAAGGCAUACCGUUACGUUCUUUCCAACCCAAGUUUAUCAAGAGAUAUCCCAUUGUACAAAUCAAUAAUCCACUCACAAACUAGUUCCGACAGUGAAUUGGAAAAUGACGAAUCUUAUUAUAAACAACUCGUGUGGCUUCUUGAGCAGUUUGUGGACGGAAUCACUGGCUCUGAAGAUAUUAACUUGUUCAAGUUCAAAGGUGUUUUUGAAUGGGUGAUGAACUUAACCAACUCUCCGUUCAUUACCAUGAAAAUCAAGUCAUUAAUCUUCAAGUUCUUGUAUAUUAUUCAAAAUAUUGACCACGGGUCUGAUGUCUUGAUCACCAGGUUUGGAAUUUUGACUAGCUUGGAGCAAAUCAUGCAAAACUUAGAUGAGACCCUCUUAGACGAACAAUUGAAGUUGAAUUUAAAACAGGUGGUUUUGCGGUUUGGAGUUAGCGAGGGAUCCAGCAAGAGAAUCAGAGACUGGACUGGUGACGAUUUGGGCGAGUAUCUCGGUAAAAUUGCCCACUAUUCGUUUGACUUGGUGUUGAUUUCCAUCGUGUUGGCAGGAAUCCACCGUAACACUGGGUUGGUGUUUGAUACUUCGAGCUUCUCAUCAGUCGACUUCCGUAGAUGGUUCGGCAACUAUCUUGCCUUUGGUGAGAGAUGCUAUGACACCGUGGUGUCUGGCUUGCGGAUGUCAGGGUACUUCAAGCAACGGAAUUUGGUGUAUGACUAUGUGCAGAGAGAAGCUGGCAAAUUCGUCAAGGAGCAAACUGGAAGAGAUAUUGGCGACUUGCCUAAAGCUGACCAUUAA